GCGCUGGAGCUGGUGAAGCAGGAGGGGCUGCGCUUUCUGGAGCAAGAGCUGGAGACCAUCAUCAUCCCAGAUCUGCAGGGCCGAAAGGGCCACUUCUCCUACAACAUCUCGGACGUGAAGGUCACUGAGCUGCAGUUGAUAUCCUCAGAGCUCCAUUUCCAGCCAGAGCAAGAGCUGAUAUUGCACAUCUCCAAUGCUUCCUUGGGGCUGCGCUUCCGAAGACAGCUUCUCUACUGGUUCUUCUAUGAUGGGAGCUACAUCAAUGCCUCGGCCGAGGGUGUGUCCAUCCGCAUAGGUCUGCAGCUCUCCCGGGAUCCCACUGGUCGGAUUAAAGUGUCCAAUGUCUCCUGUGAGGCUUCUGUCUCUAGAAUGGAUAUGGCCUUCGGAGGAACCUUCAAGAGGGUGUAUGACUUCUUCUCCACAUUCAUCAUCUCUGGGAUGCGUUUCCUCCUCAAUCAGCAGAUCUGCCCAGUGCUCCACCAUGCUGGAAUGGUGCUACUCAACACCCUCCUGGACACAGUGCCUGUACGCAGUUCUGUGGAUGAGUUGGUUGGCAUUGACUACUCCCUCCUGAAGGAUCCUGUGGUCUCCAAUGGCAAUCUAAACAUGGAAUUCCGGGGAGCAUUCUACCCGCUGGGCGAGGGGAACUGGAGUCUCCUCAACAGGGCAGUGGAGCCCCAGCUGCAGGAGGAGGAGCGGAUGGUGUAUGUGGGCUUCUCUGAGUUCUUCUUUGACUCUGCCAUGGAGAGCUAUUUCCGGGCCGGGGCCCUGCAGCUGACGCUGGUGGGGGACAAGGUGCCACAGGAUCUGGACAUGCUGUUGAGGGCCAUCUACUUUGGGAGCAUCAUUCUCCUGAGCCCUACAGUGAUUGACUCCCCACUGAAGCUGAAGCUGCAGGCCAUGAGCCCUCCACGCUGCACCAUCAAGCCCUCAGGCACCACCAUCUCAGUCACUGCCAGCGUCACCAUCACCUUGGCCCCACCCAUGCUGCCUGAAAUCCAAUUGUCCAAGAUGAUCAUGGAAGCCCGUCUUAGUGCCAAGAUGACGUUCCGGGGCAAGGCACUGCGCACGAAGUUGGACCUCCGCAGGUUCCAUAUCUACUCAAACCAGUCUGCGCUGGAGUCUUUGGCACUGAUUCCGCUGCAGACCCCACUGAAGACCCUGCUGCAGAUCGGGGUGAUGCCCAUGCUCAAUGAGCGGACCUGGCGAGGAGUACAGAUCCCCCUACCUGAGGGAAUCAACUUCGUGCAUGAGGUGGUGACGAACCACGCAGGCUACCUCACCAUUGGGGCUGACCUCCACUUUGUCAAAAGGCUUCAAGAAGUGAUUGACAAGAACCAGCCUGCCAACGCUGUGGACCCUAGGGACUCCAGGGCCCCACCACCCUCCACCGCAGUUGCCUGAGCCCUUCAGGCCCUCUGGAAGCUGGUAUUCAGGAACUGAGCACUCAGAAGCCCUUUCCUCUCCCCAUUCAUAGCCUGUAGUCUCCCCAGAGCCACAGAGAAUGCGGUCCGAAGCUACAUCCAAUUUAUUUUCAUAAUCAGUCAAUCUGUCAAUUACAAUCCUCUAUCCUUCUCUUUA